UUUAAUGCGGAAAUAACAGCCCAUAGACAGAGCCUUGGCUUGAUGUCAUGGAUGUUGGCACGAGAGUAAAUUUGUCAAGUUGGAUGGUGUAAUGCACUGUUCUGGCAACCCUGUUUUGCCAUCUCUCUUUAUUAUCUUAGUAUACGGGUGUGUCUUCACAUCUCAAUCCGGUUGGUGGUCUACAAAGCACGGCUUUGCAGGGUCUCGUUGAUAAUAACUCACUGACACAUCAGUCAUCAUAAUAUUCCAUCUAAAUCAUUCUAUGUACAAGUGCUGUAGAAAUUAUGUCGAAGAUGUUGGCAGGAAAAAUUGUGAGAGACUUCCAUAGACGGUGUCCAGUUCGAAUGUGUCAGCUGAGGAGACAAGGCGAGGAGACCACACUUGCUUUCCCCAAGACACAAGGGUUUCACACCACCAGUGGAUUAACUGACAAGGAUGAUGCGAAAACAUUAAAACUAAAACCCGACUUGCCUGAUUACAACACAGAUGUCAAUGUGCACAUUCAUAAACUAAAGAGGCCAACCAAGCCACCUCCAAGUUGGAUAGGACUGAAAGACUUGGAAGCAAGGACAAAGGGUUCAUUGGUCGUAUCCACCCUGAAAGAAAUGGAGGAUAACGAAGACUUCAAGAUCACCGCUGCUAACCUGAGGAAGUUCGGCCAGAGGAAACUAACCUUGCAAGAAAAGAAGAAAAGACAAAGGGCAUUGGAUAACUUGGGGAUGCCUGACUUCGUCGACUUCUGGAACCAGAAGAAGCAAGAACUUCGCAAGCAAGAUCAUGAGCUUAUUCCUGUAAAGACUUCGAUUGAGGUGUUACAGUUGAAUAUCGGUCUUUACUGUAACCAGGCGUGCAACCACUGUCACGUCGAGUCGUCGCCCAAGAGGAAGGAGAUUAUGAACCACGAGACUGCCAUGAAGUGUCUUGAUAUCGCAGCUGGCAGCUCAUCCGUUCACACUGUGGACAUAACAGGUGGCGCCCCAGAGUUAUGCACCGAAUUCAGAUUCCUGGCAAAAGAGGCAGCAGCUCUUGGCAAGAAAGUGAUCGAUCGCUGUAACUUGACUGCACUUCUUGAACCUGGGCAAGAAGAUCUGGCCGAUUUCCUUGCAAAGCAUCAGAUUCAUGUGAUAGCCUCGCUCCCGUGCUACACCAAGAAGAAUGUGAACCUACAACGCGGUAUUGGAACGUUUGACAAAAGUAUCCAAGCUCUUCUCACCCUGAACUCAUUGGGAUAUGGCCUGCCGGGAACUGGGUUAGAGCUAGACUUGGUUUAUAACCCACUUGGUGCAUUCUUGCCUCCGCCUCAAAAAGAGCUUGAAGAGAAAUACAAGGAGGAGUUAGCGGAGACGUUUGGUAUCAAAUUCAACAAACUCUUUACCAUAACCAACAUGCCCAUCAAGAGAUUUGCUGACUUCCUUUACAACAGACAUGAACUGGAUGAUUACAUGCACCUGCUGAUCAGGAAUUACAACAUUGCAACAAUGGACAACCUGAUGUGCCGCAACACACUCAACGUCAACUGGGACGGCAAGUUUUACGACUGUGAUUUCAACCAGCAACUCAUGCUUACCAUGAAAGGGGAUGCAGGCAAUGAACUGUCUGUGUUUGACAUUGAAAAGUGUGAUGACCUUCAUGGGAGAAUGAUACAGAACGACAACCACUGCUUUGGUUGCACGGCUGGUAUGGGGUCCAGCUGACAGGGAGUGACGGCCUAAGUUCACCAUGUUUGACCUUGACAUUGUCAUGAUCUUCAUCAUCAGCUUACCACACAUAUUCUGAUGUAACAGAUCUCACAAAGUCUGCUGGACAUGGUGGGCAGUGGCAUAACUGUAAAUAAACAAGUUGUGUAUCUGUGACAUGCCUGGAAGAUGGAAGCAAAUUCGGAAGCAAAUUCGCAAAUGAAGCUUGGCUGGUUGUUUUGACAACUAUUUAGAGGCGAGCUUGGCUUGCCUUGUAUCAUAAAAACAUCUGACUGCGGAUAUUGCCAGUUCUACUGGUAUUUUGACUUUUACUAGUUUAGACAAUCAUAUUCUGGAUCUUGAUAGAAGGUAACCAGGGAAGUGUACUCAAAUUCAAGAGGGUACGCAGAAUCUCCCGGAAGAAUCCCCUCAAUUGCCAUGCAAUCUUCUUUUCUGGUCUGCUUUGACGAAUAAACUUGUGAGUCUUCUCUUCACUGACAGAACUAAUGACACACUGCACCUAAAGUUUCCUACUGGUGUGGUGUUGAUGAUUUAUCUGUGCAGUGGUCCGGUGACAAUGACUUUAUUCAGUGUCUAUCAUCUAUAGGCUACACGCCGCGUGCCAAUAUUCUGUGAACUCUGCUGAUUUUAUCCAAAUCAAUUCAAAGGUGCUUUAGACAUGGUUCAUUUAGCUCGUUUAGUUAUUUACUUUAUAGAAGAUGUGAAAACAAUAGCAUUUUAGGAUAGCUUUAAACAUUUACAUAUACAUGUAUGUGUCAAUUUAGUAAUAAAA